AUGUCUGAACAGCCCUCGGGGAGCGGGACACCAGCGUCCUCUGGCUCGGGCUCUGUCGCCCCCGGAAAAGCAAUCGCGAGCCUCGCGAAGAAGCAGGGCGACGUAACGAGGCUGGGCACGCAGAAACUCAAGUUCGUGCCCACCCUCCCGCCGCGUCGCGUCAAGGAGGAACCAAAGAAAGAUGAACCCGCCCCCCCUCCAUCCGCCGACCGCGGCCGCGGCCGUGGAGCAGAACGCGGCCGUGGACGCGGACGCGGACGCGGCGGGGCAGACGCCGCAGGACGCGGCACCGCCCCCCGCCCCCCUCCCGUCGAGAUGACUGCCUCCGGGCCCUUCGCGAUGGGGCCCGCCCUGGCGGGCGCCCCCUCCGCGCGGCGGACUGCGCCCCGUUCCAACUUUGCCCCAGCUCCGCCUCCGGCGGGCUCGGCGAAGCUCGGGGCGGGGCUGACGCAGACGACUGCACCGUCGCUGAAGAAGGAGAAGGAGCGGGAGCAGGAGGCAGAGCGGGCGAGGAAGGAGGAGCAGGAGUAUUCGGACCCGGACGAAGGCGUGGAGAUUGUGGACAUGGAGAAUGUGCGGCAGAUGGACUGGAUGGCGCCGGAGAGUCUGAGGAAGGAGAGGGAGGUGGGGAAGAGGAACAGGAAGGCUAAGGCGAAGCUGAAGAGGGAGGAGGGCGUGAAGAAGGAGGACGCUGAGCUGAGAGGUGUGUGUGCGUCAUGUGAGGUCAUGGACGUCGACAGGGAGCCUUCUCCGGAAGAGGAGGUUAACAUGGCCAAUGCCGUCGACCUCAGCGAGAGCGAGUCAGAAGAGGAGCUCGAAGACAUCAUUGAUGACUUCGCACAAGCUCAGGCGCAAGGCGAGGAGGACGCAGACAUCCGACAAGAGCGACUAUACUUUUUCCAGUUCCCAGAACCCUUUCCUGUCUUUCAUUCCCGCCACGCACAGCAGAACGCCGACGUCAAAGGCAAAGCCAAGGCUGACUCCACAGCAGGUGAGGAGUCAACCAAGAAAGUCACCUUCGCAGAGGACACCAAACCGCCAGCCGCCACUCCAGCUGGCGGUGCAGAUGGGGAGGCCACAACCAACAAUGCGGCGGAGUCGCCAACCGUCGACGGCGUCAUCGGCCAGCUCGAGAUCUACGAGAGCGGCGCGGUCAAGAUGCGCAUGCACAAUGGCAUUGUCAUGGAUGUUACCGCCGCUACACAACCCUCUUUCCUACAACAUGCUAUCUAUCUAGACGCGACCAAGAAGCGAUUAUGCGUUCUGGGAGAAGUCAACAGACGUUUCGUCGUUACCCCGGACCUGGACGCCCUGCUUAAUGCGAUGGAACUCGCGGACAAUCCUCCAGCAUUCGAGCUCGGCGACGGCCUCCUCACCAUGGACACCGCAUGA